CACGGUGGAAUUCACAAAGUCAGUGCCAAGCCAGAGUAGCUUUUCACACACAGCUUCGAUUUAAAAACCAUGGAGCCACCCAUGCGCCUCCUGGAUUUGCUGUCUUUGCCGACAACGGCCCGCGAGCUAAUUUUGGGCGGCAAGUUCACCAAAUACGCUUCUGGCUACCGGGCCGUGUGCAAAGACUUUAAGGAUGCAUUCGACAGCACUGUUUCCGAAGCCCACCUGAAACUAGGCGAGGAAGCGGUGGAGCGAUUGGCCAACGGGCAGGCCUCCCCCCUCGCACGUUUCCCGGGCUGCGUGAACCUCACAAUCCAUCUGGACAAGUAUGAUGAUUAUGAGCUUCUCACUGGCCUGGCUCUGUUCGGCACCACGCCCGAGGCUCGGCAGCGGCUCACCCGCGUGUGCAUUGUAAAGCAUCACCACGGGCCCAUCAACUCGCUUCGCAUCGUGGAGGUGCUGCUCGCGUCACAGCUGUCCGGCCUUGAAGAGCUGGAGCUGGACGUGUCAGGUAACCUGCCAGAUAACGGGGAUGCUGCCCAGAGCAGCGCACGCCUGGCCAUUUUAUCGGCCAGGCUCGCCGAGGGCCUUCCUCGCCUUCGGCGCCUCCGGCUGCCUGUGUGUAGUGCAAAGGACCUGGAGCACCUGCGGCCGCUGUCCGGCUGCGCGCAGCUGCGCGAGCUGGUGCUCGUGAUGCAGCUGGGAGGGGAGGCAACGACUAGGGGCCUGGAGGUGCUGCAGCAGCUGUCUCAGCUCGAGCAACUGACGCUCCGCGUGUUCGACCUGUCGAGCGAACGCAGCAGAGAGUUUAUGCAGCAGCUGAUGAGCAGCCACCGGCCACCCGGCGUCCGGCGCCUAACGUUACUUCUGAAUACGUACCCGUACGGCGGUGCCUGCAUCACGUACCAGCAGCCCCACCCGCCGCCGCCGCGGCCGCCACGCCCGCCAGCGGUGGGGCUUGCUAUGCCUUCGACUGCGGCGGCGGCGCAAGGUGCAGGUGCAGGGGCGGCAGCGGCGGCAACGGCGAUGCCGCCAGGUCCCUCGUCAGCGUCGGCGGCGACGGCAGCAGGAGCGCUAUUGGCGACAGUGCCAGGGGCGCCGCUGUCCCAGAUGCAUCGUGUUGAGCUGAACGGGUUCUGCCACAGGCAAUUGGAGACGCCGGCCGUGGUCCUGGCGGCGGCGGACCGGCUGGGGCAGCGCAGCAUUCCGGAGCUGGUCAUCGACAAGUUAAUUAUGCACCAGUCAGGAUCAACGCAUCUGCGACCAGACGAGGCGCUGCCGCAACUGAUGCCGCAACUGGUGGCGCGCUGCCUGCGGGUGGAGUGGCGCUGCCUCAGCCUGGCACGUGGCCAGCGCAUGAGUUUCAUUUCCCCGGUGCUGGCGCUGCUGGGACUGCCGCAGUCCUUGGAGCUGAACCAUGGCGAGUGGAGCUGGCGGGAUGACGUGAUGGGCGUCGGCAGCGGGUACCGCCAGGCGGCCGCGAUGGCGUCGGCUGCUGCUGCGUCGGCGACCGCUGCCGGGGCGGCGACCACUGCCGGUGCUACUGCCGCUGCUGGGGCGGCGGGCUCAGCAGCAGCGGAGCAGCCGCCGCGCCCGCCGCUAGACCUGGACUUGAGCACAGUCGACUCCGAGUGGGUGGUGCGAAAGGCGCUCGACCGGCUGUGGGCGCGCAGGCUGGGGAAGCAGGCAGGGCAGGGCGGCGACGGCGCUAGCUUCGGCGACGGCUGCAGCAGUGACGACGGCUGUAGCAGUCAUGACAGCGAUGGCAGUGAUGAUGACAGCGGUAGCGACAGCGAUAGCGGCAGUAGCAGCAGCGGCGCCGCAGCCGCGGCCGGGGGCAGCGGCAGCGGAGGCUCGAGCGCGCACGUGGGCGGUGUGGGUCCGGCUCUUGUGAUCCUGCGCGGCGUGCUGCCGCCACAGCAGGGCGGGUGCGACUCGUUUUGGUAUGAUUACAAUUGGGAAGCCGCAUUGCGAAAGUGCUUUGGCAGACUGGACCAAAGCACUAAGCGGCGCGUGAGUGGCCCGUGCGCACGGGUGGUGAUUGUGCCGCCUGCGCGCACGGCGAUGGUCGAGUGCGCGUCUCGCACCGAUGCGGCGGCGUUGCUGGCGCUGCUGCGACCGGGCAUGGAGAGGCGUGUGGCCGUGGUGCCAGUGCCGCCCGGCGAAUCGGCGAUCCCUCAUUAUCACCUGCGCCAGUGCGUGUCCGAGGUGCUGUUGCAGGUGUGGGCCAGGUCGGGCGGCCCGGGCGAGGGCGCUGGCAGCAGCAGCGAUGCCAAGGGUGGUGGCGCCGGCAAGCGCGGUGGCAGCAGCACUGGCGGCAGCGCUGGGAGCAGCAUCGAUGCUGGGGUCGGCGGCGGCGCCGAGGGCAGCAGCAGCACUGGCGGCGGCGCCGGAGGCUGCAGUGGUGUUGGGGACGGCGGCGGCCUGGGCAGCAUUGCGGAUGCCGGGGGUGGCAGUAGCGGCCGUCAGAGGGCGAUGCUAAGCGUGGAGCUGCAGGAGCGGCUUGACGAACUGCUGGAGUUGGAUGCGCAAGUCGACGAGAUGUGGGACGUCCACAAGGCGUUGUAUUGACCUGAUCUGUUGCACGGCAGCAACUCGGGCCGGUGGCCGGUGACGAGCAGGUGGACAGGAUGUGGUAUGUCCGUGACAUAGCUGAUGAUACAGAUGACUACCGAUUGAUUUGUUGCAUGGCAGCAAAGCAGCACGCUGGCGCAAGUCUUGGCAGUAGGCGGUUUGGUGUUGGUGGCGGAGUGCUGAUGCGGCGGCCGAGAAGGGGCGUACGCGGGCAAGUUGCAGGUGGACAUCAGGAUGUGACACGCGCGCACACAAAUCACACAUGCGCAGUCAUUUUCGUUUGUGUUUGCGCGGCCUUUUUGUCCGCUUUCAUUGGAUCACCAUUGGACGGUUGGACUGUUUGACGGUUUGACGACGUCAUUGAUGCAUCAAAUGAAUGAUCACAGGGAUGAUCAUGCAAUCAUGACAAUGACGGUAAACUUGCUGUCACAGCUCCGGGACAAGCCGCGGUGUGAGGUAAUGGGCCCUAGCGGGUGUUUACGGUACCCAUGCUAUGGAUGCGAAAGAACAAAGACAGGACAGCCAGGCAUUGCACCCCUUCCAACUGCCACGGUGUCUACGCGGCUAUGCAGGAACGUUGCUGGUGGACGCAAGGACUGAACACACGCACACGUGCACACGGGACAUGCGUACGGUCCUUGGCAGUAUGUUUGUGGCCAAAGCAUAUCUUAUUCGGUAACAUGCAGUUUGGACUGUUUCACGUGAUGUAGUAUGAACACUGUUUGCCGCGUUGAGGUACGGCAUUUUUAUGCUUUGCAUUGCAUGGACGACUGGCAUGACAAGCGUGGCGGCACACGGGCACUCCUCCGGGGAACACACGCUGCGAUGCGAGGCGCGGGGCUGCGUUGCGGGCGGGUGGUGGCCAGACCGCGCCAUGCUGUGCACGCUGUGCUGCUAGCUGCAAGCGGCUCAGGUAGACACUGUUGCGUUGGUUGAAGACACGAGUAUGGUACCUGCUUUACUGCUUAGGCAAGGGCAGGCAAGGCCCGGUCCGGCAGGCCACAGAUUGGUACACCUGGACUGGACUUGAGAGGAUGUGCGGGUGGGCUGGUGUGCGAUGCGGGACAAAAGUCACAGGUGCGGGGUUGCGCCCAAUCCCGGGGUUGUGUGGUGCGCGGUCCAGCUGGCAGCGCGCAGCGGCACGGCAGAAGAGGGCGCGGCUGGUGGAGAAACGCGGGAGUUACUGUACCAACGCGGCAACGCGGGUUGCUGGCUGGCAGUUUGCUGUGGCGCAUGCGAGUGGGCGGCUGUGGACAAGGUGACUGAAUAUCACACGUGGAUGGCACGGUGACGUGGUUGAGCACGGGAUAGGGUGGCACGCAUGGGGGACGGGGGCAUUGCCCCGUGGAAACGUGCCAUGCGUGCUGAAGCCAUCUGAACUCUGGGAGGCCGGAGCCAGCCAGACUGCUGGAGACACAGGGGGGGCAGAUGUGCGGAAGUUGUUGUUGACAGGUGCAACUCCGUGCAAUCAGCACUCGGAUACCUGAGCCCAGUGACGGAGAGCAAUGGACCCCACCGGGUCAGCGCUUUUCCCCCACUUUGCUUGCGCUACGUGCAGUUCUGCAGUUAUGAGGACCGCACAUGGACCCGA